AUGCGUCUCUAUAGAAAUUGGUUUUCGGAUCCAAUUCCUCAUGAGAUUGGAUAUUUAAAUUCGCUAGUAGAUUUGGAAUUGGACAUGAACAACCUCACGGGUGAAAUUCCUAUUUCUAUAGGGAACUUGCGAAAUUUGAUGAUUCUUCGUCUCCAUACAAAUCAACUUUCAGGUCACAUUCCUCAAGAAAUUGGUUUAUUGACGUCCCUUGUUAGUUUAGAGAUGAGUUUUAAUAAUCUCAUUGGUCAAAUCCCUACUUCAAUUGGAGAUUUGAAAAAUUUAAGGAGGUUGCAUCUCUUCAAAAAUGGACUCUCUGGUAGCAUUCCUGCUACCAUUGGAAAUUUGACGAAUUUGAGGUAUUUGCUCUUAUAUUCUAAUAACCUCACUGGUCAAAUUUCUAUUUCUUUAGGAGGCCUGACAAAUUUAGAAACCAUUUUUCUCUAUAAUAAUGAGCUUUGUGGUCGUAUUCCCGAAGAAAUUGGAUUGUUAUCAUCCCUUGUCGAACUAGAUGUGUCCGCAAAUUAUUUGUUUGGUCAAAUACCUAGUUCAGUUAGAAACUUGACAAAGUUGAAUACGUUUAAUCUAUUUUUGAAUCAACUUAGUGGUCACCUUCCACCAGAACUAAAUAAUGUCAGUGCAAAACUCAUUCUUUUUCAAAUAGGUGGUAAUCAUUUCUCAGGUCCUUUACCAAAGGAUUUAUGUCUUGGCAAGUCACUUACCUAUUUCUCAGUUGUAUACAAUAACUUUAGUGGAAACAUUCCCAAAGGCAUAAAAAAUUGCACAACCCUGGAAAGAGUUAGGCUUGAAUAUAACAAACUCUCUGGAGACAUAUCUGAAGAUUUUGGAAUUUAUCCCAACCUAACUUACAUUGAUUUGAGCUCCAAUAACUUCCAUGGCCAGCUAUCUUCAAACUGGGGUCUUUGUUCAAACCUAGCAGCUUUGAAGAUUUCCAGAAAUAGAAUUUCUGGGAAAAUCCCACCUGAACUUGCAAAUGCAUCCCAUCUAGAAUUUCUUGAUCUCUCCUCCAAUCAACUUGUUGGGAACAUUCCAAAGAGUUUUAGUACUCUACAUUCCUUGGGUGUUUUAAAGUUGGAUGACAACAAACUGUCUGGCAACAUAACAUUAAGAAUUGGGGAACUGUCUUUGCUCACAGAGUUGAACUUGGCUGCAAAUAGGUUUUUUGGUUUCAUUCCAGAGGGCUUAGGAAGUUGUCAAAAGUUAACUGUCUUGAAUUUCAGUCAAAAUAUGUUUGAUGGUAGGAUUCCUUAUGAUAUAGGAAGCUUGCAGUUCCUUCAAACUCUUGAUCUCAGUCAAAACAUGUUAACUAGCAAGCUACCACAACAGUUUGGAGGAUUAAUAUCCUUACAAACCCUAAAUGUUUCACACAAUAAGUUGUCAGGCUCCAUCCCAUCAAGCAUGGCUCAAUGCUUAGGUUUGGUUUCCAUUGAUGUAUCCUAUAAUGAGUUGGAAGGAAUGCUCCCACACAACAAAGCAUUUGAAAAUGCCACAUUUGAAUCCUUAAGAAACAACUCAGGUUUGUGUGGCAACAUUGCUGGUUUGAAGCCAUGUUCUUCUGAAUCUCCUGAAAAGAAGAUAGAUCAAGGUAAGAAAACAACAACUUUGGUCUUAAUCAUAGUGAUACCCAUUGGAGUUAUUGGUGUUGUUGCGAUGGUUGUUGUCAUAUGGUUGAUUCCACUAAGAAGGUGCAUCAAAGAAAUUCCAAGGGCAUCCAGAGAAAAUUUGUUCACAAUAUUGAACUUUGAUGGGAAUAUUGCAUAUGAAAGCAUAGUAGAAGCAACAGACAACUUUGAUUCAAGAUACUGCAUUGGAGUGGGAGGAUCUGGGAGUGUAUUUCGAGCUGAGUUGUCCAAUGGUGAGGUUUUUGCUGUAAAAAAGUUGAAUGAAUCCAUACAAGAAGACGAGUCUCGAGACUUCAAAAGUUUUUCAAAUGAGAUUCGUACUUUAAGUGAGAUGAGACAUAGAAAUGUUGUUAGGCUGUAUGGUUUUUGCUCUCAUGUGCGACAUUCGUUCCUAGUUUAUGAGUACUUAGAAGGUGGAAGCCUGGCGCAAGUAUUGAGCCAUGACGAAAAAUCAAUAGAAUUGGAUUGGAUCAAGAGGGCUCAUAUAUCUGAUUUUGGCACCGCUAGACUCUUGAAUUCUAAUUCAUCGAACUGGACUUCGUUUGCGGGAACAUUUGGCUACGCUGCUCCAGAGUUUGCUUACACAAUGGAGGUGAACGAAAAGUGUGAUGUGUUCAGUUUUGGAGUGGAGGUGUUGGACCCUCGACUUUCAAGUCCUGGGAAACAUGAAGCGGAAGAAUUGGUGUUGAUUGCAAAGAUAGCAUUUGCAUGUCUGAAUUUCAAUCCAGGAUCUCGGCCAACCAUGUUCCAAGUUUCUGCAUUGCUGUCCAAGAAAAUGCAGCCUUCAAAUCUGUUUCCUCAUAUCGCACUUAGCCAAUUGUUUGGUCUUCAAUUUCCCACUGUCUGA